UAGAUUGCGGGAAGGCACGAGUUACACCGAGUGUACUUGAAGCGAGACCAGGAAGAAAAAAUUCAGGGUAGCGUUGGGGCUGUCCACUGUCUAACUCCGUCUAUACCCGUCUAAACUCGUUCAGUAUUGAGCAAUGUGUUGCUGCUAUGUGACAGUGUAAACUUUGUCAUCGCCAUUGUACACUGGACCUGUGUUAGUGAAGCGUCCUUGUAACCCACCCGGAUCUCGGGGGAGAAAACUGACACGGAAAGUGCGGGUAGACCUCGACCGACCACCACAACCAUGAGUAAUCAGACGAACGACAGCAACCCUCCUCAACCAGGUACCCAGAAUAUCCAGGUUACACCAAACACACAAGGACCCAUGCAGACUGCUAACACGGCAGGGAUGGUUUAUGGUGGAGUUGGCAACACAUAUAACCAGAUUCACGGACAAGGCGACAAGGCAAGUGUAGAAAAAGAGCUCCGGGGAUUUGCGCGGACAACUGUCGGUAAAGGAGCGUCAAAAACGAGAGAGAAGAGAUGAUGUUCAAAAUCUGGAGUUGAAGAUUGAGAAACUGAAAGAGGAAGUGGAAACGUUCCAACAACAAACAUAUGAUAAACGUGAGGACAUACAAAACAUCGAGAAGAAGAUACGUAAGCUAAUGGAAGAUAUUGAACUCAAGAAAGACGAAAUAGCAAAGUUGGAGGAAAACGUUAUACCGGAACUAAAGAAACAGAUUGAAGAAGCUGAAAUAAGACUUGAAGUGCUCAAAGAUACUGUUGAAGAUACAUCGAAUGCCAUCCCGGCCCUGGAAAAACAGGUGCGGGAUCUGAUCCAGAAUCUCACAAAAUAUGGCACUGAUGUAAAAGCUGAAAGGGAGAGCAUUGCGGAACUGUACAGAUUGGUUCUUCAGUUGGGAAAUGACCUUUCAGAUCGGAAGAAUGAUCAGAAAGCACUCGCUGAAAAGAUGCAGAAAAUUGAAGUCGAACAGGCAAAACAAAAGCGCCGAUGUGAAGAUGAACUGAGAAAAAAUAUAGAAUUACAGAAACAGAUACAAAAACUACGUAAGGUAAUCGAGGAAAAGGACGCUAACCAAAUCAAGCUGGAACAUCAACUUAAAGGUAUUUCUUAUACGUACAAACUCCACGUUAUAAAUGCAAGGACAGCAGCAACAGAGAGCAAGGUACAGGAACAUCAGGAUGCAGUGCAAGAGAAAACCACCAAGAGCGAAAACGGAAGAGAACAAGACAAGAAAGUGUCUGGUGACUUGAAGACAGGGGUCUAUCAACAAGCCGGGGAUGAAGCUGAACAACAUGGAGGUAAAACUGGAGACUGCCUGAACAUUGUGUCUGCUCCAGUGUCUAGUGACUUGAAGUCAGGGGCCCAUCAACGAGCCGGGGAUGAAGCUGAACAACAUGGAGCCUCGAGUGACGUGAUGGAGAGGGGAACCACCGGCAAAGUGUCGCAAGCUGGUGGAAGUGUUUCACGUCAAGGAGUGAGACAGAAGGACUCCGACCCCGGACAUGUCGACGACCUCCUUGCUGCCUGUCUUGAUGGGAACAUGGCCGAGGUGAAGCGUGUCCUGGAUCUGGGCCAGGUGGACAUCAACUGUAGGGGAGAGUGGAGCUGGACACCGGUGAUGUGGGCAGCAAGGUCGGGGCACAGAGAUGUGGUGGAGCUGCUAUUGAGUAGAGGGGCUGAUGUGUCUCUGGAGGACGGUGGCGGUAACAGCAUCCUUCACUGGGCCUGUGAGGGAGGAGACGUAGGGACGAUGGAGUUCCUCCUGUCCCUCAACGUGGUGGACGUCAAUUGUAGAGGAGGGAGUAACACGACACCGGUGAUGGCGGCAGUAGAUGAGGGACACAGAGAUAUGGUGGAGCUCCUACUGAGUAGAGGAGCUGAUGUGUCACUGGUGGACGAGGACGGUAACAACACCCUUCACUUGGCCUGUUAUGGAGGAGACCAGGGGACGGUGGAGUUGAUCCUGUCCCAGAACGUGUUGGACGUCAACUGUAGAGGAGAGAGGAACAUGACACCUGUGAUGAUGGCAGCAGAGCGGGGACACAGAGAUGUGAUGGAGCUCUUACUGAGUAGAGGAGCUGAUGUGUCAUUGGUGGACGGUGGCGGUAACAACAUCCUUCAUUUGGCCUGUCAGGGAUAUGAUGCGGGGACGGUGGAGUUGAUACUGUCCCUGAACGUGGUGGACGUCAACGCCAGGAACAACGAAGGACAGACAGCGGCCGACGUGGCGAGAAAAGGGGGACGUAAGCAAUUGGUGGAUCAACUGGUUAAAACGAGCCGGUGAUGAAACUGUCUUAGUUGAUCUAGUUCCAAAGGGCUACGAACUCAAACAGUUACCACGACUAACAGCCAUGGGAGGAGGUGUUGCAGUUAAAGCUAAAUAGAAUCUGUACUCCUUCCGGCGCAGUGAUGACGUAGCAUAUCAUCACUGCCAUAGGCUAAUUUGCAUAUCACGUGACCGGACUUUUCCUUGUUUGUAAACAAACGUACAUAUACGUAAAUCAGAAGAGCAAAUCGAAAUAGUGUUACAUGUUUUGGGAUAUUUUCUCUGUGAAAGUAAACCAUUCAAUCAAAUAGGAUUAACUAGAUGUCUUUACUCGUCAAAAAUGAAAGUGUAAGAAAUAAAAACAAUACAUUGAAUGGACUGUACGAGAUGUGACGAAUCAUCACAUCUCUCUGGCCUGUGGCAGAGGUACUAUGCUGGUCCCAUGGAACUCUGGGUAGGAAAGUGCAUUUGAACAGAUAAAGAAAGUGAUUACAGCUGAAAGUAGAUCUACGAAGGUGGUGUGUAUCUACAGACCCCCACCAUCGAAGACAAAUAAGCUUACCAUGUCUGAGUUCCAUAAUGACUUUUCACUUCUAAUAGAGACACUGAACACUAAAAAAAGGUUCAAUCAUUGUAUUGGGUGAUUUCAAUACUCAUUUUGAUGAGCCGAAUAAGCCUGAUGCCAAGAAAUGUAUUUCAACUCUCAAGGCAAAUGGCUUUAACCCUCUCAAUGCUACUGUCGAACCCAUUCGACAGGAGAGCAGCAUAAUGACAUCCCCAAAUAAAACUUGCAAUAAUUA